AUGAAGCCUGAUAUUCUCACGUUUUACCGCACUCCAGGAGCUUUUAAAUUUUGUCGUCGGAUAAGCAGUGGACCUCCGAUAGACCAUUUCCAUACCAGCAAUCGUGGAUCGCCACUUCCCGAAAAUGUUUUACUAGAGAUUCUAUCUUUUUUAAACAAGAGAGACCUUUGCAAUGCGAUGGCUACUUGUAGACUUUUAUAUAGGGCAGGCUCCCACUGCCGGACUUGGGAACACAUGGAUUUGUUCAAUCGUACAGUCUUCAACCACUCCCUCAUUUGCUUCCUUAAUAGACGACUGAAGGUGAUGCGCAUGGCGGACACUAAUGUUGAACAAUGGCCACACCCUUCAACAUCGCCUCCUGUUUCCCUCGAAUAUCCUUUGAUGCUAACUCAUUUCGACUUGAGCCGCGCCGUUUUUGCAGAUCGGAAUCUUUUAGUUAAGAUUAUGAACGGCUGCUCGCAGCUCCAGGCAUUGUCAAUGGAGGGACAAAACAUGGGACAAGACGCGCCCGCAAUUUGUUUUGCUAUUAGUCAAAACAGUGCCUUAUCUCGUCUCGAUCUUUCAAUGACCGUCGGAAUAAAUGCUGUUUCUGCACGAUUAAUAUGUCAAGGCUGUGCUGUCCUGCAGCAUCUCAACCUUUCAUGGAGUAGCCUAGACCACGAGACAGUUCUUGCAUUCUGCUCCGAAUUACCUCAUACUGUGACGAGACUGAACAUGGCCGGAUCCUUGAACAAAUCAGCGUUGGAUGACGAUGCGGUGGAAAAGCUCGUAAGAAGCUGCCCAAAUUUAAAGGAGUUAGACUUAUCCGACAACAUCAGCGUGACGGAACGAGGUCUUCUAGCUAUAAACACGCUACUUCAGCUCGAGUCAUUGUCAUUGAACAGAUGUUACGGUAUACCUCCUAUGAAUUUUUUGCUUUGUGGUCAUUUGAAUGUUUUGAAUGUCUUUGGAUGUAUUACUGAUUCCGGGUUGGCAGCCCUGAGGAAUGGACUCCCAGAUACAAAUGUGAAUAGCAGCGUUUUCAACUACAUAGCUAAGCCAACGGUUCCGCCUGCUGUGACCAGUAUUUGGGGACAGCGCACGAAGGAUUUUUACUAG